AUGAGAAACAACAACUUGGGGGAAGUUGCGGGGCAGGUACCGCUGUGCACGCUGGCGUUCGCCACGCUGUGCAUCAUACUCCAGGGGUGCGUCUUUGUGUUCAACACGAACAUCGGAAACUACGUUCUGAUUCCAUCGCGGAUAAUAUACUUGGGAGAGUACUACAGGGUGAUUACGGGGGCAUUGCUCCAUGGCGGGCUGAUGCACAUCGUCUUCAACAUGAUGUCCUUCCUUUCCAUCGGAUCCAGCCUGGAGGUGGCCUUCGGGACUCUGUCGCUAUUGUUCACCAUCUUGUGGUCCAUGAUCUUGGCUGGUGUGGUUCAUUGCGGAGCAGAAUGGGUGAUGACUGUGUGGGUUACGCACGACCCAACGUAUGUCAACCAGCCCUCCGUUGGCUUCAGCGGGGUGAUAUUUACGCUGGCUCUCAUGGAGAGCUACCGGUCGACGCAGCCCACGCGCUCGGUGUUUGGCAUGAUGCGAGUGCCCACGCGGAUGUACCCUUGGGUUCUCCUGGUGCUGUUGUCGGUCUUCAUGCGGGACAUCUCCUUCGUGGGCCACCUUUCCGGCAUCCUGGUCGGCGUGAUGCACGUUUAUGGGCUAACGAAGCCUCUCAUGCCGUCUCCAGCCUUCUAUAUCGAGAUGGAGAGCUACUGGUGGGUACGAGAUAGCAUCGGGCUGAGGCAUAACUUCGUCCCCUACCCACCUCCGGCGCUGCCAACCACAGCCGAUGAGCAAGAACAACCUGGGCCAAGUAUAAGAGAUUCGUGGCAAAGCUGUUGCGAUUCCAUCGGGGCGUGCCGACGGUCGCUCGGCAACGUGGCUGCCCGUUUUGGCGCCAGCAGUGCGCACGGGCAAAAUGCCAACGGUAGAAAUAGUAAUACCGCCGGCUCCGUUGGGGCCGAUUCACGGGGGGAAACGGAGACCAGAGGAAGGCUGCUGCCAUGGGGGGUUUAGACUAGCGACGACGGGCGGGGGAGGGGUAUCCUUGAGAAAUGUCCGGGGGCAACACCACAGCCUUGCGAAACAACUUGACGCUAGAGCAUCUCACGCGUGGCCGCAAGUGGAUCCACGUAAUGGGUAUUAGGGGUGAUGGCCGCGGUUCAACGGCGUGAGCUACAUGAGCGGGAAGACUCGCUCACAUUUCAGUUGCGCGGGAUAGAUAAAUUGUGCUGGACGCGAUGAGACGCUUUCUUUGGCGUCUACAGCCGCACCCAGUAGCCUACGAUGUAUGCUUAGGAAGAAAAUAACGUGCAGGGCCGGUUCUACCGCGACGCGUCUACUCGGAACAUGUCCUGGCUUGCUCUGGGUCUGCUUGAGAAGCGGCAGCUUAUGAUGACAUCACCCAAAGUUGACACCCUCGGCACGCCGACUUCGUACGUUGAGUUGAGAUUAGAUCCAUCAGAUCUGAGAUUUACGUUCCUGGAAAUCCGAGGCUAAUGAUAUCUACAGCCCGCUCUUCGGGCAGCGACCGAACAUGACCCAACCAACGAGCGAGUUCAGAUGACAACCGUGGUGGUCCAUCUUCGCGGCAAGCGUCACUCUGCACACUCGAUACCGUGACACAAACAUCAAAUCGUAUCUUUACAGCAGUCCUUGCCAACCCAACAUAUAUCUACUUCCAAACAACAGUUGUUUCCGCGAUCUAUAACAUGCUGUCCAAGACUAGGAGCACCGAAUAUGCCUUUAGUGAGGACAUCGCAGGUCCAAGCCUGUUUAGCACUUGAUGGCUCCAAUCAGUACAGGUCAUGGUAGAUCAUGCACUUCUUCAUUUCUUGGAAGAUGACCAAAGCUUCCUUCUCCAGCUGCUCUUCUAUGAGGUCUCGGUCCGCCUGCCGCUUCCGGCCUGCUUCAGCAGCGUUUCCCACCGCCGCAACGUUUCCCUCCUUUCCAGCGGCCGGAUUUUGUUUCUUUCCUGCCUUCCCCUCCGCCGACCCAGUGCCGGCACGCGUACCGUCUUGUGUACUUGUUCGUUCCACCGAGGUUGCACUUGCGUCCGC